AUGGAUCCUGUGCCGGUUGAAAAACGAACCUGGGGAAAAAGCACCUUCGUCACAUACUGGUUUUCUGAUCUGGUCACCAUCUCAACUUGGAGCACUGGAUCAGCCAUAGUCACAGCAGGAUUGACUGCUACGGAUGCCAUUCUCAUCGUCUUGCUUGCCGGCUUCUGCAAUGCGAUCCCAACAGUUCUCAACGGAGCAAUCGGUGCAGACCUUCACAUUGCGUUUCCAAUCGCCUCGCGAGCCAGCUUUGGCUACUGGUUCAGCUACUUUGCCGUGGUCUCCAGAGGCGUCCUGGCCAUGUUUUGGUUCGGGGUGCAGACAGCCAACGGCGCAACGUGCGUCACAGCUGUGAGUCUUUUGCCUGCCAUGUCCAUAGCUUACAAGGGCCAUCCUCAGUUCUAA